CUAGUCACUUAUAUUUCCGACAUUACCCGUGGCACAAUAUAGAGUCGGAUGAUUCCGAGCCGAGGUGGUGUUAUUACCCCGCAUCAGUGAACUGAUCCAUAUUGACUGGUAAUGACGGCGAGGACGAGUCAGAGCCAACGACGACUGUCAGUCCGUCGAGGGUCGGUGAGUGCGCCCGAUCCCCUUGGCAAGCAUGCCACUGUCAACGACGAUCCCAAUCGAUCGACGUGCUCGAAACUGACCAUCGUGCGUGUCGUCGAUCCAGCCCCAGCGUUGUGCAGCGCACCCGAGCCACCGACGUCUCCUGGUCUUCACCAUCGUCGCUCUUCCCGUCGGCACGGAAGCACAUCCUCGCAGUCGGGAAACGACAGCAGGCUCAGCUUCGCAAUCUCGUCGUUCGCACCGACCUCCCCCACUCAGGUCCAUCCACAGAGCCCUUCUUUCACUCCUCAGAACCAACCUGCUAGAGGUGGUUCUAGCCCUUCCUCUUCCCCGCGCCUUAGACCAAGUUCGCCAUCCAAUUUCACUCGUCGGCCCUCUACCUCCAGUUCGCCAGCCUUCUCGAGGCCAAACUUGUCCCCAGAACAGCUGGUGGAACUCGCCCGCCAAUCUCAUAAUCCCCGAUUUGUUCCACAAGUAUCAAAUCCAAUCGCCUCCCCCCCGUCGUUAACUCCUAACGCCCCUCCUCCAGCAACCUUCACACCCCUCCCACCUGGUGUCUAUCUCCCUUUCAUCGAUAGACCAUCAGAAGUAGCUGUCUUACUGUCCACCCCACCGACUGCAAAACUGUUUUCUCUCCUCGCCCAGACCUUCCCGCAGAGAGGUUCUAAGACCCAUGAAGAGAAUGUCUUUACCGCUGACCCUUCGGCUUGGAGCUUUGAAACGUUGAAACUCUGGCUUACCACCAUUGACCGUCCUGCAGCAAACGAUUCGCUCUGGGUCCGAAACGCCCGCAAGUGCAUCCUAGCGCACUCCGAGCUUAUAUGGGAACGUCUCAAGGGUGCCCUUGGUGUCCCCCCAGAGCUAGAAUUAGAGGAGGACGAAUAUAAUCAGUUGCACGAAGAUACUACACCUGACGUCUUACCUGCUGGUUUGGAGAGGGAAUUUGCCAAGGAUGAGGUCGAUGUGCCUGACCCUUCGGCAUCACCGCAUACACGGUUCCAAUCAGAGAACGUAAUCAUAGAACCCAUCAUUGCCACUCCGUCUUCCCAUCCUUUUGCUCUAUCAAACCUAUCGAACCCACCCCUCUUGAGUCUGGGCGGUUCAUUGGCACCAUCCGCAUCCAUGACUCAGGGCGAUGGUUUGCAGGAUAUCGGAGAAGAGGGAGAAGAAGAGGAAAACGUUGACGAUCAUACACCGCAAGAUGACUCCAAAACUGUGGAGCCUGAGCCUCAGAUACAUGGGCUCACCAUCUCAACCGAUCCUGUACCCUCUUCUCCUACGCGUGCAUCUUUGGGAUUAUCACUCCCUUCUAGCCCUGCCAUCAGUUCACCCGUGGCAGACGGGAAUGUCACAGAACCCAGUGGGCUGGAACUUCCUACUUCCCCUCUCCGCUAUCGCUCUAGAACGAAUUCGCACGGCUCAUUUUCGAAUUACAUGCGACCCACUUCGCGGUCGUCGGUACGCCGCGACGCUGGAUAUCAUUCGAGCACUUCCGACUUUGGGGAUUGUGACAGCGAACGCGCAUACGACCCCGUUGGCGACCGUGUGCCAGGCAACCCUCUCUUUCCAAGUAACUUUGCUCGUCUCGCGCUAGGUCCAACCUUGCGUGCCAAUAAUCCGUCGCUGCGAUCCUCGCAACCUGCUUCGGCCUGUCCUCGCUUCGCGCGUUGGACACCGGGUGGCCGCCCUCCCAGUUGGAUCGAAAGCUGGGACUCUGUCAAACAUGAAUAUGCUGCUACCGUCGCCAGCGGCAGCAGCGUCGGUGUUGGUGGCGGCGAGUAAAGCGUACCUGAUGAAAAAC